CGGCGAAGAUGGUGGCGGCUCCGUGCGCUCGCAGGCUGGCCCGGCGCUCGCACUCGGCGCUCAUCGCGGCGCUCACCGUGCUGCUCCUGCAGACCCUGGUGGUGUGGAAUUUCAGCAGCCUGGACUCCGGCGAGGAGCAGCGGGCCGGCGGCGGCCGGGAGAAGCGGGACCGGGGCGGCGGCGCCGGUGAGAGCAGCGACCACCGGGCGCAUCAGCACCGCAGAGGACCUGCUGCAUUCCACAGCAAGGCGCUGGACCAGCCACCCCGUCCCUACACCGGCUUGGAGACCCAGGAUGGUUAUUUUUCCCACCGGCCAAAAGAGAAAAUGCGAACAGACAGCAAUAAUGAAAACUCUGUACCCAAGGACUUUGAAAAUAUUGAUAACAGUAACUUUGCUCCCAGGACUCAGAGGCAAAAAUACCAGCCUGAACUGGCGAAGAAGCCUCUUAGCAAGCAGAAGGAGCACUUGAAAAAGAAACUGGAGCAAGAAGGAAAGGUGAAGGAGAACUCACUCCUGGGGAAGAACUCCAAUGAAGUGCUUCAGUUCAGCCAUCAUGCUGUAAAGAAUAGCAGCAGCAAUUUGAAGGAGAUUCACAGGUCUCCCAGACAGCCUCCUUUAAAAAGGAGUGGGAACAGCUCCCCUGAAAUAAGAUACGACCAGCCACCAAAAUGUGAAAUAUCGGGCAAGGAGGCACUUUCAGCUCUGUCUCGGUCCAAAUCCAAGCACUGUCGGCGGGAGAUUGCAGAGAUAUACUGUCAACACAAGCAAGGAAAGCUGAUGCCUGAGAAGGUGAUGCGUCUGUGUCCCCUGGAUGGAAAAGCCAACAACAAUGUACUAUGGGAUGAGGACUCCGUAGAAUACAUGCCUGCCAACCCAGUCAGGAUCGCAUUUGUCUUGGUUGUUCAUGGCAGAGCUUCUCGGCAGCUCCAACGCAUGUUUAAGGCUAUUUACCAUAAAGACCAUUUCUAUUACAUUCAUGUUGACAAGCGAUCCAAUUACCUACACCGGAAAGUGCUCCAGUUUGCUAGCCAGUAUCCGAAUGUGAGAGUCACCCCUUGGCGAAUGGCAACUAUCUGGGGAGGAGCAAGUCUUCUGUCCACCUAUCUACAGAGUAUGAGGGAUUUAAUUGAGAUGAAUGACUGGCCCUGGGAUUUCUUCAUUAAUCUUAGUGCCGCCGACUAUCCCAUCAGGACAAAUGAUCAGCUAGUAGCAUUCCUGUCCAGGUAUCGCAAUAUGAACUUCUUGAAGUCGCAUGGGAGGGACAAUGCAAGGUUUAUUAGAAAACAAGGUUUGGACAGGCUUUUCCUAGAAUGUGAUACACACAUGUGGCGCCUUGGAGACCGGAAAAUCCCAGAAGGAAUCACUCUGGAUGGAGGAUCAGACUGGUUCCUAUUGAACAGGAAGUUUGUGGAGUAUGUCAUCUUUUCCAGUGAUGAUCUGGUGACAAAGAUGAAGAGGUUCUAUUCGUAUACUUUGCUUCCCGCUGAGUCCUUCUUUCAUACUGUCCUGGAAAAUAGCCCUCACUGUGACUCCAUGGUGGACAACAAUUUGCGUAUCACUAACUGGAACCGUAAACUGGGCUGCAAAUGCCAGUACAAGCACAUUGUUGAUUGGUGUGGCUGCUCUCCUAAUGAUUUCAAACCAGCAGACUUCCACAGAUUUCAGCAAACUGCCAGGCCAACGUUCUUUGCCCGCAAAUUUGAAGCCGUGGUGAAUCAAGAAAUCAUCGGCCAGUUGGACUAUUAUUUGUAUGGUAACUACCCAUCUGGCACGCCAGGCCUCAGGUCGUACUGGGAGAAUAUAUAUGAUGAGCCCGACGGCAUCCAUAGCCUCAGUGAUGUCAUUCUGACCAUGUAUCACUCAUUUUCCCGCUUGGGCCUAAGGAGAGCUGAGACGUCAUUGCACACUGAUGGAGACAACAGCUGCCGGUACUAUCCCAUGGGCCAUCCAGUUUCAGUCCAACUCUACUUCCUCGCUGAUCGUUUUCAGGGCUUCCUAAUCAAACAUCAUGCAACAAAUCUGGCUGUCAGUAAACUAGAGACUUUGGAAACUUGGGUGAUGCCAAAGAAAAUGUUUAAGAUUGCUAGUCCACCAAGUGAUUUUGGAAGGCUGCAGUUUUCAGAGAUUGGCACUGACUGGGAUGCCAAGGAAAGGAUAUUUCGGAACUUUGGAGGACUUAUUGGGCCGAUGGAUGAACCAGUUGGCAUGCAGAAGUGGGGAAAAGGCCCUAAUGUCACAGUCACUGUGAUCUGGGUGGACCCUAUCAAUGUAAUCGCAGCUACAUAUGAUAUCCUUAUUGAAUCUAGUGCAGAAUUUACUCACUACAAACCACCUUUGAAUUUGCCACUGCGGCCUGGAGUCUGGACCAUUAAAAUUCUGCACCGCUGGGUACCUGUUGCUGAAACCAAAUUCCUUGUUACUCCUCUUACAUUCUCCAACAGGCAACCUAUCAAACAAGAAGACUCCAUGAAGUUGCAUAGUGGGCCUCCUAAGAACGCAUACAUGGAGCAGAGCUUCCAAGGCUUGAAUCCAGUUUUAAAUAUUCCUAUCAAGGCAGCUCAAGUGGACCAGGCAAAAAAAAAUGCAGCACUCGUAGGUACCAAGCUGGAGAACUGGGUGGACACCUUGGUCAGCAGCAUAUGGUCAGCGGUGGAUGUCUGUAGCACAGGUCCAACUUCCUGUCCAGUCAUGCAGGCUUGCAGUCAAACAGCCUGGAGCUCCCUGAGCCCAGACCCUAAGUCAGAGCUGGGUCCCAUUAAACCUGAUGGGCGUUUGAGGUAGCAUCUGGUAUACCCUUCUUUGGCACAGAUUUUAAAAGAGAAUUUAACCUUGCUUAUAUAUGAAUCCGACUUCAGAUUCCAAAACCUCAAUGAAACUUUCUGUUGUCUAUUUCUCAUCUCUAUAUAUAAUUUUUAAAAGUCUGGCAAAAUCUUUGGCAUUGUUUCUCCUUCAGAUCCAUCGGUCUAAGCUUCAGUAGCACUGUGCAUCUCCUCUGUAUCUUUUACAGAGGCACAACCUUACUUCAUUCCCUUUGUAUCUAAAAGGCUCCAACAUUUUCUUGCUCCGAUUAUGAAAUGGUAACAUAGCAUAUCUGGUAUGUUCAGAGGGUAAAAAAGGAGCAGCUGCUAAAAAUAUCUUCUGUCCAAAACACCUAUGUAUAUUUUGAAUAUUUUACAUUUUAAUUAUUUUGCUAACAUAAAUAACCAGAAACUCCAAUAUAUCUUUCAUGUGAAGAAUGAUCUAUAAAAUAUGGUCAAAAUGCUUUACAAGAUGUAAAAAAAUUGGGACACACCCUGACUAUUUGUAUAAUGUUAAGAAAUUCUAGGUUUGAUUCAUCAUUGUGUUAACUCCAGUUUCAGACCAGAGUGCAUCACACUGGCAAAGAAACCAGACUAACAGAGUGGUGUAUUAGGCUUCCUCUCUCUUUUUAGAGGUCAGACAUUCUCAUCUAUUUGAUGAUCUCUGAACAAAAUGAGUGUUAUAAAAUUAUAUAUUUUAUUCCUAUUAUGAUUAGUCAUCAGUCAUCACAAGGGCUGGGCACCACUUGCAGUAUUAAAAACAAGUAUUCUCAUUGCCCAAAGUCCAGAUUCUUGUCCCCAGUGAAAUCUGCAUUUUAAAAAAAUCCACACAGAACACCAUCUGCAUAUAAGCGGAUGUGCAAAUUCCACAUACAUCAGGGGGUUUGUGCAUGCAGCUUGUAUGUGUGGACGCUCAGACCCAGGCUGUGAUACUCACAUGGCAGCAUACCCUUUUUAGCUUGAUUGGGUUAAAUGGGCCAACUCACAGUGUAAGAUUCUACUCUGAGUUAGUCAAAGUGGCAGAAUCUGGCCCUUUAAUUAUUUUGGUUUGAAAGCUUUUCCAUUGAUUUCAGUGGGCGAAAGACUGGGACCUAAUUAUGCAGCAAGCUGAUUCUGCACUAUUUUAAGUAGUGGCUAACGAGUCUAACACUAAUUGCCUCUAUUGGUCCCAGACCUGCCAACAUUCACAAAGAAGGAUAGUUUUGAGAUUGCAUGGUACAUCUGGAAUGUUGUGGUGAGUGGCACCUUGAGUGUAAUGGAGAUUCCUGUCUGAAGCCAUGAAUUGAAUGAAGGAGAGCAAAUGCCAUUCUUCAGAGUGCUUUUAUUUUAUUUAUUUAUUUUUUAUCAACAAGCUCUAAUCUUGCGUGUAUUGACCCUUUUGACUCUUUGGCAGACUGAAUCCUGUUUUAAACAUGGAUGUGAUAUAUCAUUUGAACCUGAGUUUUCAACACUGAAAAAAAUCCAAUUUUAAAUUCUGAGGACUUUUAAAAAAGUUUUUCUUGUAUGCAAAUUCAUCUCCAGCUGAAGCAUUUUGCAUGCAAUGUGCACUUUUAUUUUGUGGUCCCUUGAGUACAAUGUACCCGGAAACUUCAAGGAACCUUGAUGGGUUUAAUUAUAAAAUGCCCUGUUAAUUUAAUAAAGUAAGGCGUCUGUUUUCCCUUCUGUGGCAUGUAUAACUUUCAUUACAGCUAAUGAGAGUUAAGCUCACGCAUCAGGGGGGAAAUAGGCCCUUAAAUCUUUUCAUAACCACAUAUCACAAAAAAAGGUUGAAUUCUCUUUUAAAUAAUGGUUGCAAAAUGACCAUAAAACAGAGAUCUCGAUGGCUUGUUAUAUUUUUCUCCAUUUGGUUUAAAGCUCCUGCAGUUUGCUUUGGACUUGAAAUUGCAAUGUCAGCUGUGCUGGCAUUAAGGCAGAGCAUUUAAAUGUUUAUCUGGAACAAAGGUGGAUACAUAGGAGGAACAGUUUAGAUAUUUAUUUUUUAUGUUUUAGUCAAUGACUAAUUAGUAGGUGCUGCUUUUGCAGCUUGAAGAUUUUAUCUUACUAACUAAAGCUGCCUUUAUUAAGAAAAGGCCUUUUCCUCCUCAGACCUCCUUUUCUUUCUACCUUCUUGAUUUUGACAGUCUGGGAUCUGUAGUUCUAGAAAAGCUUGUAGUUAUUAGAGCUGGUUGGAAAGUUUCUGUCUAAACAAUGUUCCUGUUUUUCAGCUGGCUCUAGUGAUGAGUAUGUUCAGACCAACAUUGUCAACAGGUUUAUAUAAUAGAAACACUUCUCUUUCAGUGCUUUUUUAAAAAUAAUAGUUUUUAUCUAACAUUCCAUCACAAAUGUCAAAUCUCCAGGGGACCACUAAUCUCCGCUAUGAAUUUAGGGUUUUAGCCACAUUGACCCAAUGGGAAUUGCAAUGGCUAAAGCCCUGCAGAUCAAGUGGAGAUUAUCAUAUUCAGUAAUGGAUUAGGGUAUAAAUAACAAGAUUCAUCCACUCUGCUAGUCUUUAGAUCAUUCCAGUUAAAUCUGCUGAUGAAUUCAUGAGAUCUGGACUAUUGCGCACACGCUCACACAGAGAGAUAAACAGGUUUUUAAAUUUGAUACCUUUUUUAUUAUUAAGAAGGAGUGGUUUUUUUAAUGCUUUGUUGGGAAGUUCUCAUUAAAUUUCUCAAAUAGAAGUUGGAAACAUUCCAGUCUCUCUUUUAUGGAUAGAACAGUAGCCACCACUUGUAUCAUUUAAAAUAUAACAGAUUCAAAGGACUUUGUUUUAGUUCCUAUUUCACAAUUUAAAAAAAAAAUUGUUGCUGACAUAAAUUUUAUGCUAUGUUGUAAACAUCUCAAAAGAAAUAUUUUAUAGUAUUUUAUUUUCUAAAUAACAAAAAGAGUCUAUAUGUAUAAGUACUGUAGCAAGCCGGCAAUGCCAGUGCUGCUAUUAAAAUACUAGAAGUAAAAAUCAAGGGUCAGAUCCCUGCAGUCCUUCUUAGGCAAACUUCUGUGGAUGGAUGAUUCUGAGUACGGUCUUUAGACUCAAGCCCAGCAUAACUGAAAGUCUGACACUGGGCUAUGAGUAAAGUCAGUAUGUGUUUAAAAGCAGCAGAGAGUGAGACUCUUCAAGAGCUUCUCAGUUCACAGCAUUAUUUGAGGUGGGUGUCAAGCUUUACACCCAAAUGACCACAUUCUGCCAUAGCUAUUAAUCUGCAGAUGCAGAGGUAUAUAAAAUAUAUUGGACGGUAUGUCAUAAAGUUCUAUAAAUUAUGAAGUGAAAAAUCAUGGCAAGCAAGACUGUUUCCAUUUGCGAACAGAGCCUGCCCCAAAAUUAUUGCUAAGGCAGUACUGCUAAGAUCUAGGUGCUGCUCAGUGGCUUUUCUGGUUCUAAAAUAGCAGACACUUGAUACCUGUGAUGAACAUUAUGUCUUGUUAGAAGAGAAUAACUUCCACAGAUCUUACAUUUGGUAAAAAGGAGAAUUCAAAGCAGGGAGCCACAGUUUAUAUGAAACAAACAAGUUAUACAUGUGUUCAUUUGAAAGUUCUAGUAGUAUUUUCAGAGCAUGCUGGCUAGUGAUAUUUUAUAAGAUUCCAUUUGAAAGCCAGCUGUGACCAUAUGCCUUCCAUGGGAGAAGAGUGUAUUUCCAUAUGCACAUAUGGAGGGGAGAGUAUUUCCAUAUGGACCGUGUGGAGUGAUGUGCUCAUUUAAACACCACGCCCCUGCUGAUAGAUUAGAUAGACGUGCGACACUUGUACAAUCAACCAGCCUGAUUCAUGCCGGAAAGAAAUGUGGCAAAAUGCAGAACAUCUGCAUACAUUUUUUUAUGAAUUAAAUCCAAAGUCAGUCCUAGUGAUAUGCAGACCUGUUUAUGUGGUGAUAUUAUACCCUGAGGCUAACAGAAAUUAGUUCAAAGGACAGUUUAUUUUCUAGAUGUGGACCAAUUCUUUUUAUUUAUAAAAUUUGACUGGAUAUGGAGUAAUAAUAUUUAUAUAGUAGGUUUCUGAUGUGUGAUAUUUUUAGUAAUAAAAUCACAUCCUCAUUUUUGUUCUAUAUGGAGGGCUGAAGGGACAGAGUAUACUAACAAUUUUCUCAUUGGCAAGUACUACUAUAAGCUAUAUCUCUGUUGCUAAGUCUAGAGAGCUAGGUGUUUACAGUUGGGUAUAACAGAUUAACUUUCUUAGAUACUGGCUUUAACGCAAAAAAUCUUGCAAAUACCGUUGCUUUAAUGAUAUAUUAAUGGUGAUCCUGUAACACCUUCCAAAGGAUCAGCUAAUGUAUAUUCAGCCUCUGGCCAGCUUUUACAAAUCUAAUGGUACCAGUAACAUCACAAUCCCUUUUAUUCACUAUUAUAGGGAAGAGGGCGCUAGAGUCAGUAAUUCAAACAAAGAACUGAGAAAAUCCAAAGCCUUCAAAAGGAGGUAAUGCAGGGUAAAGUAAAAACCAAAUCUUAGAAUAAGCGUGAAACAAAACUGGAUUUCUAUAUUGCAACAAAGGGGAAGCUAAACUCCUUCUUGUCUAUUUCACUCUAAGGCUCAGGAGAUCUUGGUUUUGACUUUUCUGAUUAAAAACAAAACCCAGCUUUUUAUUUUGUUUGGACUCUAUGGGGCAACUCUCCAUUGAUUCCAAUGGCAGCUACAGCCCUUACACCAAGAUUGAAUCAGGUCCCGCAGCUGGGAACAGGCUUCCCAGCACAGGUAGACAGACACACACUAGUUCUGCAGUGUGGCUGCAGCAGUUCGGGCUAACCACCCAUGUUCAUACCCAGGGGGUCAGGCAGGUUUGUACUCAGGUUGCUAGCCCAAGCUGCCACCUGUGCCACCAUGGCCAUGGUGCUAUUAUUAGUGCAGUAGCUCGAGCACAUCCACUCUGGGAAGCAUGCUCCCAGCUGCUCUGUAGACGUGCUCUUAGUUUGAAAUAGAACUGUCAACUUGCCCAUAGCUACAAUGCCGUGCACCCUGACUUCCACGGAUUGCCUCUUACUCUCUGCUUGGAAGUAGCCGUGAGAAUGACUUCUGUCUUUCCCAGAAUUCCAAAGCUUAAAACAAUUGGCCAAACUUUAUCUUCAGCUGAGUUGAGCUUAUACCAGGGCUGAAUUUGAAUUCCUGCUAAUCAUAAAGUAGCAUUUACCAUCUUGUACAAGUAGGUUAUACUAUGCUGUACAUCUGUAUUGUCAGGAGAAGUCAGGAAAACAAUGAUAUUUCAGCCGUUAACCUUUUGAGUGUUGCAACAUGAAGCCACAUCAGAGUGGCAGUUUUUAAAAACUGGAACAGAAGUCUUUCUGGACCCUCCCCCUUUUUUAUUUAAGAUUUACUGCUUGACCAUUUCAAUGUAUUACUUAGCUCUUAAAACAAAACCCUUUAUGAGUUUAAAUUGUUUGCGUUCUAAGAAUCCUAUUCUUCCCCUCAACCCGCAAAUGGGAAGAGGGGAGAAUACUCCCUCUGAAUGAAAGCAGGCCACUAUACCAUGAAGCCACAGCGCAGCUUUUGUGGCUCUAAUGUAUAUUCAAAAGAGAACACAUCCAUUUGUGGUCACGGGGCAGAACUGUCUUGCCACAGGCUCGGUUGUUUUCAGUGAUUUUAGAUUUAUUAUUAAACAAAAGCUGGCUGUAGAUCAGAGAGUAAUUCACGCAUCCAUAUAUGUUCGUAUGUUAUUUCUGAACAUAUAGACUGGAAUUUUCAUAACUCCUCAGGGAGUUAUGCACCCAUCCCAUGUGACCCUACUCCCCCAGAGUGCAUUGAAACCCCAGAUAUAAAUCAGAAAAGUUCGCUUUUGAAAGCAAAUCAAUUUGCUCAGUGCAAAGAUAUAUAAAAGGAUGCUCUGAAGGUGCUGGUAAUCAUCAGGGACUAUCUUCCCCCCAUUCUCAGAGGUGUGGGUAUGUAAUGUAUCCAGUAAUAACAGAAAAAGACAAACACGUCAGGAAGUGGUUAGCAGCAUCUCCUAAGGUUCCUUACUCCAGUUUGCUAUUGGGAAGUAACAUUUUAAUGCAUUAUUUCAUUUCAUCUAUACUAAAGGAUGAUCCUAGGCCCAAACACAUUCCUACGGGUGCUUAGGAUGUUACCUCAAUAUGAACACUUCAAGCAUCAGAAGUAAAGUAGACUCCACAGCAUUAUCCCCUAUCCUGAGGAUCUUGAAAAGAGUGCUCUCUGGGGGUUGGAAUCCAUGGGGGGGGGGAGGAGGGGGCUAGGGUUAGGAAAUAGUUGACCCAGCAUUAGGAAACAAUAGGGUCAGGGGGAUUUGCAUUGUUCCCCCGCUGGCUCGGCAGGAAUUAGAGAGCACAGCUUCUCGCUCUGUUACUUUCUUGGCAGAGCUUCCCCCACAAUGGGUCUCCUUUGUUAAAGAGGUCACCAGAACAGCCACAGAUACCCCUAACCACAGUGGGGCCACACUACAAUGCAGCAGCAGCAGGAGAUCUGGGGCUCCAUAGCCAGUCCAUGGCUUCCCCAUGGAUCCCAGGGGAUCAGUGUGGUUUUUGAGAGAGGGCUCUCUCUCUCUCUCUCUCUCUCUCUCACCUUUCAUCCGGUAGAGAGGACAAUGUGGGGAAAAUUCUGCAAAGGAAUCCUCUUGGGAUUUUCCUGCCCUCCAGCCCUCUCCUGUUGGUUUUGCAUGGGAGGGGUUGAUCUGGUCUCGGGUAUGGAAAUCUUGUAUUAAAUAGUCUCUUCCAUUGUGUAGCUUGAGCAUUCACAAACAUUUCAUUACUGUCGAGUGGUGGAAAUAAUUAUUAGAUUGCAUAGCAGUCUAUUAGAAGGUGCUGAGUACAAAGGGAGAUUUGAAUGGUUAAUUGCACAGUUCCACGUUGUAGGAGUACAACACAAUGGUCCUGAUUCUCCUCGCAUACCACUUUCCACUGGUUUAACUCUGUUGACUUCACUGGAGUGACUCCUGAUUCACAACUGGUGUGAAUGAGAGGAAUAUCAGGCCCAACACAUUUUAAACUGAAACAACGAGAUGUUCACGUUAGCCAACGCAAGGGCCAACGUAGCACCUAGGCUAUUUUCAGUUACAUGUGGUGUUUUCUAUGAUGAAUUGUGAUGCUGUAAUACUGCAGGUGCCCUGUUUAUUUGGUUCUCUUAUACCAACAAUAGUGUAUAGUUCACUCUUUGCUGUUUGCUUCGGCUUUGGUUACCUUCUUUUGCCCCUGGGUGCUAUCACAGCUGCUACCUCACUAUGUCUGCAAACAAGUUUACCUGACAACAACAACAAAAAAGGUACCAGAAAUCUCCUUGAGCUGAAUGUACAAUCUAUGCAAAUUCUCUCGCUAUUUUGUUACAACUUGGAAGUAUUACUUGUAACCUUGCCAAAUAAACAGCAAGAUAUUGUACAGGUGCCUCUGAUAACAGAGUAACAAUUUUCUGCACGGAUCAUUGCGCUGCAUUUGUACAUUGUAAUGACUUACUUGUCUUUGGUUCUGUUGUAAUUAACACCCUUGACUGAGAAGAUAGUAAUUCCUCUUAUAAGAAGGGCACCUUCAGUUUGCUGGGAAUAUUCUGGAGGAGAAAGUCAACUGCAGUUUUUUUUUUUGUUUUUUUUUUCAUGUUUACCUACAAAAAAGGCCCACGCCUAAAGGUCAAAAAUUGGAUCUUGGUUUAGAUUUCCUGGAGCAGAUCAUAUCAUUUUGAAUUUCUAAGUGUAUGUUCACAUUGUGAUGUCCUGUGAAUUGCCCGAUUUAAAAAGCCUUACUUUCCUCCUUUUUUUAAAUGUGGCCUUAAACUGUAGUGGAAAGUUAGAUGUUGUCUCUUUCUCUCGGUCUGUUGUCAACCUAAUAAAAGGCACCUUGAGAUUUCUGUUGCAACUCAGAGCUGUGUAGCUGUCAGCAGACACUUCACAAAUACAAUUGGAAUUGCUUACAAAUGCAGGCUUCAAGAAAAAAAAUGACCUUCCUUUUGGGCAAAAGGAAGACUUGAAUGCGCCUGUAAACCUUCGCAAAUUAUGAGAAUUCUCUUUUGCAACAUAUUAUAGCUAAACUGGGUUGUCUAAUUACCUACAAAAUGCUAACAUCAUGACUUUUUGUGUGUGUUCAAAGUAUAGCGGUACAGAUUUGGUCUCAGUUACACCAGCGUGAUCCUGGAGUAACUCCACUCGCUCCAGUGUGACUUCAUUGGAGUUCCUCUCGGAUUUACACUAGUGUAACUGGGGAAAGAAUCUGUCUUGGUGACUUUAUGUAAUUCAAUGAAGAUUAAAAAUCAGAAGAACUUCUGACAUUUAGGGCUAGAUUUUUAAAGGUAUUUAGGCUCUAAAGAUGUAGAUAAGUGAUUAACUCUCAUGGCUUUUAAAAUUCCCAUAGGCACCAAUUCACAUCUUUAGAUGUCUAAAUACUAUUAAAAGCAUGGCCCGUUCUGGUCUUUGGUCAGGUUCAGGCACUUUUCUUUUUAAUUCUUUGCUUCAUUGGCACAGAGAACAGUAUCGUUUCAACAGUCUCAAUAUUCCCAGCAGGCUGGUAGUGCUUUUAAGGACCCAGAAUGUGGUUCUCAACCUAUUUACCAUUGUGGGCUACAUCCAAUACUACCUGUAAGGCCCUGAGGAUGUCACAUGGGCAGCAACUGGGUGCUGAUUGGGCUGCAGGUUGAGAAUCUUCUUUUUUUCUUCUGAUAGUGGUACAACCCAAAGACCACAGAAAAGAGUUUACACAGAAAACAUGGUGUAUGACACACACAAAUUAAUUUGAGCUAAUGAAAUUCUCUUUCUAACUUUGUCUUUUUGUUUUUGUUCUAUUGAUUUGGAUUUUUUGUAUUGGUUAACGUACUCCAUAAUAAAUUAUUAACGUUCCCUCAGAGACUGGUAGUGAUAUAGUUUUCAGAAAUAACUAUUUUGUUAUAGAUCAUAAUAUGCAUAAAACUGUACAGAAAUAUUUUGUAAUCUAUUGAUUAAGAAAAAAACAUGUAUAUACAGUAAAGUUUAAAAAAAAUUGGAAAUUCAAAUGGCACACACUGAAAGAUGUAGAUAUUUUGCUAUUUAUUUAAAGGAGUAUUUUAUGAGAUAUUAAAAUGUCUUAAAUUGACCGGUAAUCAAAGUUCAGAAGUCAGAAUGCUUUUCUUGUAGUAGAAUGUGAUUUUCAGCAAUUAUUGCACUACCCAUUUUUGCACCCUUUUGUCUUUCAUUUAGCAGAAAAACAACGUGCCUUAGCGGUAUUCUUUGUCUAUGGGAGUUUGGUUUUUUUGUCUGACAAAGCAAAUUUUUUUGCAGAAAAAGAAAUGGAUGUAUUAAAUACUGUAUUAUACCAAAAACACUGCGGUUGUAUAUAAAUGCUUUCUGUCAUACUGUGUUUUCAGAUGCAGAAUUUUAAAAUAAAAAAAAAAGGCUGUCUU